UCUAUAGUGGCUUUGGAACAAGAAGUAACGAGACUACCUAUAACACCCUACUUUUCAAGCUGGUGUAUAUCUUGCAACAGAGGGUGAGGCUAUUCUCGGACGGAACGAUAUCGUGCACUCCUCAUCAAGAGAUCAUCAAACAAAAUGGUGUCAUGGUGCAGGAUAACUUUAAGAACACAUUUUCAAAAUUAUUCACAAAGCUUAAAAUUAUGGAGGAUAUGAAAUACGCUCCACCUAAAUUCUCAGUUGGCAUGAGCGAACUAGCACAGUUUUACGAGAUUUUUGAAGAAACCUAAAAAUAGCAUCAACAGCAUGACUUCUUCGGUCAAUAAUGAGAGUAAACGGAAAAGUAGAGAGAACAGCAAAACUUCUCUAAGCUCAAGGAAGACAUAUAUUUCUCCAAGGAAUCAGGGCAUCCAGAAGAAGAGUGGUAAAAAGACUCCAUUUAAACCCAUACCGAAUAUAAAUAAGCCUCAUAAAGGAAAUAAUAAGCAGAAGAUGCAUAAUGUGGAGAAUAGGAGGUACCAAGACUCUUCAAGCGGAUUAAGCCCAAAAGAGACAGCCUGUUUUAUGGAUAACUCACAUGUCAAGACCCCUGCUAAGGAGGGUUCUAGCUUCUCAACCAUAUCUGGUGAUACGGCUGCAAAGAGACAAUCGUGGGAGAAAGGAACUGGGUUAGUACAGAACUCUCAAAAACUACCUCCUUGACAAGUUUCUAAGAUAACGUUCAACAAUGGCAUUAUGAUUAAUAUCAACAACAAACAGAAAGGUAAGGAAGACCUCAACCAGAUCGACCGGAUAAUGGACAACAUCCAGAACAUCUCUAUUGAAGAUAUCCGUUAUCAAAAGCCUAAGAGAUCUAAAAAGGAUACUGGGAAAUUUCCAAAGCAAAAGACUCAUAGAGGAAUACUGUUUGAUACAAGCAGUUGCACCAGUUAUCCUGAGAAAGACUCGCCUAAAAACGUCACAUUCGCAAGAAAUUUAGAGAAGAGCAGAAUGAAUCAGAGAGCUAAGCAGAAGUAUAACGUUACAUCUUCUCUUGAUAUGGUCCAGAUAGCAGAUAAUGAUGGGAUAGAAUUUAGGAACCCUACCUCAAAAUUAUCAGAUAGCAGGAAAAUAAGAUACAGCUCCAAAGCUGUUGAUGAGCCAAAGCUUCCAAGACAUUUAAAUUCAUCAGUUGGGUCAAAGUAUUCCUCAAAGGCUAAAAGCAGGGGUUUAAAUGCCUCAAUGCAGAACGUGGAGGACAACCACAUCACUAUACAGAUAGAUGCAGAAGAUAUCCAGGGCGGCACUCUAUUCACUGAUAGUUAUGAAAGGAGCUCAAAAGCCGUUAAUGGGUCAAGGCAUUUAAACCAAUUGCCCAAGAUUAGAUCCUCAAUUGAUAAUGAGGCUCAAAAUACUAUCAUAGCAAGCAGUGUUCCAAUGGUCGACCAUGAUUGUCUUUACGAUUUAGGGAAUUCUAGCAGGAAAUCUAAAAAGAGGUCUCAGCAUCUUGAAAAGAUGUGCAAUAUAAGCAGAAUAUCCUCGACAGACAAGAACUACCUUUCAAUGCCUUCUCAAGGGAUUAUUGAUGAACAAUGAGAGCAUAGCUUUGAGGAAAAUUCCAGAAUAAUCAACCCAAAGUCCAAAUAAGGGAGAGCUUAGGUACAAAGUUCCAAACAAAUCUCUCGAAUCGAAUAGACUGAGCAGGAACGAGACUCGGGUUUCAAAGAAAGCAAGACGGGAGAAGAAAGAACAGACUUCUCAGAAUGUUGUAAAAGAUCUAUUGAAGUUAUCCAGCUCGAAGGUGUAUGACCAGUCGCAACGAAAAUCUCUUGAACGCAAAAAUAAUGCACAAGUGUUGAAAAAGUAUUUCGUGAACAAGACUAAUAAGUAA